AUGUCCAAGGGCAUCCACCCACCAACAACCAUAGCCUCCACGGACAUGGGGCUUCUGCUGAGAGAUGAUGUUUUUGUUGACUUUUUCAACAUGUUUCUGAAUCUUCCUGUUUUUGGCCAGACACCCAUUUACAUCAGCAGCACAGGCCAGUGGGACCUCUGGCCAGAGCUCCCUGGCCUCUCUCUGGCUCUCCUCUUCGUGCAGCUGGGGGAUUAUUUCAAACCCAGGCGACAUUUUGCUUUUAAGCCCUGGGAGGAGCACAAGCCAUUUAAAGUCCUGCUGCAGCUUACGGGGUCCAUCCAGCCCUCAGAUCCCAGCCCCCCGGCUUUACUGACUUGGCUGGAAAGGCACCGGCUGCCUCACUUCUGCAAAUCCAGCCUGUGCCUCUGUCUCAUCCUCUGCCAGAAGCUCUGGGUUUCAUUCGGUCGGGGGAAGCAGUCUAACCCUAAAAUGAGCCAUCUCACCCCAGUCAACUGCUUUGUCAGCCUGCGUGUCAACGCAAGGGAAGGCCGCUGGAAAGAAAGCUAUGGCAGCAGGGAAGAACUGACCAACUUCUGGCUCACCACUGAAAGGCUCCUGGGGCUUGACGAGUCGGACCCGAGGCAGAGGGACCUCCACCUGUCCUUGCUCCACAAGCUGAAAGCCACUCACCUGCGUGAAGGCUCCAGCGUCAUCUCUCUCUGCAGGACCAUGGUUGGAUCGCUGCCGAAAGCCAGGCACGUUCAGCCCAUCAGCACCAGCAGGGAGAUCCUAAGCAAGAUGCAGGAACAGGCCCUUUUUAUGAUUCAGAGUUACUGGCUCCCUAAAUUCUUCAUCUGCUGCAAGAUGGGCAUGGAGGAAGAGAAACUGUGCCAGCCUCUGCUGCAGGAAUAUCAGGAGUGUCUGUUACGGGCCAACUCGCAGGAGCAGUCAGGCUUUUCGGAGAAUCUCUUCACGAUGCAUAUUAAAAGGAGCCAGGGUUUGUCAGGGCCCUACUGCAGCAAGAAGGCCAAAGCAAAGAUCUGGACCCUGGUCAAGCUGCCAUCCCUGAAAAAGCCGGUCGAGACGAAUUUCCUUCCCUGGGCCCUUAGCGCUGAGACCUGUGCGGGACGGCCCUUCAGGGAUUUCUUGAAGCGCCAGGACCGGUCCGUGGAGACUCAUCUCCUGGACCUGUGGCAUGACCUGGAGGAAUUUCUGCCUGUGGUGCUGGACCCCAGCAGAGGAAAUAGUUUUCGCCUGCGUCAUUUGCUCAGGGAGAAGAUAUGCCAUCUUCCCUUAGAUACCAGGACUCUCAGGAGCCUGCGGAACCAUCUGAUGUCCGGAGAAUUCUCCCCCUGGAUAUUCAGAGCCCAGAAGGAGCUUUGCAAGGUGCUCUGCUGCUUCUACGAGGAAUUUCUGGCUGACGAUGACAAGAUGUUCCUCCAGUUUAUGUCUCCGCAGAGCGAUGUCCUGAUGCCCGCGAUGCAAGGCUACACUGUUGGGAAAGACGAAUGUUUCCUCCUGUCCCAGCGGAUAAACCAGUCCUUGAAGCUCAGCCAGGCCUUGCAUGGCACAAGGAACUUGGAAGGUCUCUCCUCGGAGCACUGGCCAUCAAUUGCCACUCGGGACCUCCGGAAAGGGGGAUCCCCAUCCAGACAGAGGUGGAACGGCUCCUGUGCAGCACCGGCUGAGACCAGUUCCUUUGGCUACAUGGCAGCAAAGCUGUCGGGCAGGCACUUCAUGAAGGUACUGUACAACCCUGCCCACCAGCAGUUCUUCAAGCAGUUCCUCGAGGAGCGCAAUGCAGAUGAACCACUGCGUUUCUGGAUGGCUGUGGAGAAGCUGGUCACGGAGACCAACCCCAAGAUGAAGAGCUUCCUCGUUAACAGCAUUGUCAGAAAUUACUUCCAUGCUGAAAUCCCAGCUGAAGAGCUGGACUGCCACGCUUCUAUCAUCAAAGAAAUAAAUAAGGCUGAAGCAGUCAGCCCCUUCAUGCUGAUGACAGCACAGAUCUUUGUCCAGAAAGCAAUGAAAAAACGAUGGUUUCAAGAGUACCAGGACCUGUUCCCUCCAAGCAAUAUGCAUAAGUCAAACCUUUCUUCGCAGCAUGGGAUGGGGAACUUCAUGACAGACAAGCUGCGGUCGGCCUGGUAUGCCAUUCACAACAUCAUCAAGAACAUCUGCAGCUUCUGGAGGGAGAUGGACAAAGACAAAUAUCGUGCAGAGUUUGAGGAUUUUCUCUGUCGGGAACUAGGAAAUGAGGAGGAAAACUUGCCCAUCAGGUUGAUGCAGAGCAGCAGCACCGUGGGCACUUUCCACUCCCAGACGGCCUCUGCCAGCACCCCACCGCACAAGGAGAUGGUCCUAGUGAAACGCCACCUGUUUAACAACCAGCUCAUUACCGUCAACUUCCUCGUCGAUGACCUCUGCUUUUAGCUGGAGAUUGACAAGAAAGCUGCCAUCAUCAGCAAACUCUUCCUGAACUCUGAUAUUCCCCCCAAAUUGCGGGUAAACAUCUCCGAAGAAGAGAGAGAUUUAAUCUGGAGUUUAUCUUUCAAGGGGCUACUGAACCACGUCCUCUACCACAGGGCCAAGGUCAUCCUCUUCCCCAUCUUGAUGUACUUCUGGAGAAG